AUGUGGAACGCCAGCUUCCUGGAACUUUGUGUGGCGCUCACGCCAACACUGCGGGGCAAAGACACCAAAAUGGGAGCUGCCCUCUCGGUAGAAAAGCGCAUGGCAAUUGCCUGCAACAAUCAUGUAGUCCUGGGAAGACACAGAAUCUGCUGGGUCACCUAUUUAAGAGAGAUCAUCAAGAUACUGGACAACAUUACAAAGCAGAAGGAUGAUCUAACAACCAACAUUCCUUUCUUUCUAAUCCAGUUUAUGGCAUCUACAAGUUUAGUGAACAUACCCCAAGGUCCAACCUGUGCACCCCUCGUCCUGAAAAAGGAGACAUUUGAUAUUUUAUGCAAAGCUGCAACGGUUGUUGAAAAUGGUCGUUGCGGCCAUUCCUACAAGUUUCCCAUGGAAGCCAUUUAUGUUAAUUUAAUACAGCUAAUUCAGAAGGUACCCUGUCCAGUGAAGGCAGACAACAAUAUUAAGUUGAAACAUUUUCUAGAGAACCUGAAAGAUUUCUCCCAAAGAAUAAUGAAAGAAAAGUACAGUAGAAUUAGAGGAUAA